AUGGCAAACCUUGAACACACACUGCCUUCAGUGGUCGACGGCCUUAAGCCGGCGCAGAGGAAGGUUUUGUUCUGCUCGUUCAAGAGGAAUCUGGUGAAAGAAACCAAGGUGUCACACUUGGCUGGUUAUGUGGCAGAACACUCAGCGUAUCACCAUGGCGAGCAGAGUCUAGCCAACACAAUCAUAGGAAUGGCUCAAGAUUUUGUCGGCACCAAUAAUAUUAGUCUUUUGGAGCCCCGCGGCCUGUUUGGUACCCGAUAUUCGGUGGGCAUUGGGCCUGGAUCAAAAAAUUAUAUCCCAAGCUAUAAUCCUAGAGACGUUAUUGCUAAUCUGAAAAGGUUGCUAAACGAAGGCACUGUGAUACAAAUGGACCCUUGGUACAAGGGGUUCAAGGGCUCUGUGAAGAAUGCAAGAGCGAAGGCAGCUGGUGUCACGUAUACCAUCACCGGUGUUAUAGAGGAAGUCGAUGGCACCAAGCUUAAAAUUACUGAGCUUCCCAUCCGCAGUUGGACUGUCGAUUACAAAGAAUUUCUUGAAUCCAUGUGUCCUCAAAGUGAACAGGAAAAUGGCAAUGAGAAGAACAAAGGAAAGGGCAAGGUCAAGGUCAAAGAACCACCGUUUCUAGUGAAAAUUAGAUCACAAUGUGAUCAUGCGAAUGUGGAGUUUGAGGUGAUCAUGAUACUUAAAGAGUUCUUCCAACUGAGGCUCGAAUUCUACGCCAGAAGAAAGGCAAUAAUGUUGCAAAAUAUAGGGAACGAGAUAUUGAAGCUUAAGAACAAAGUGAGGUUUAUCCUUGCUGUUAUUUCCGAGGACAUCAUAGUCAAUAACAGGAAGACGGCCGAGCUUUACCUGGAGCUUAAGCAGAAGGGGUAUGAACCUUUCCCAGAGAAUCUGUUUACGUCCGAGCCGGUUCCCGCAGGAAGUACAGAAGAAGUAGAUGAAGAAAAUGAAGAGAAUCCUGUUGAAGGUGCAGCAGGAGUUACUGCGAGUGAUUAUGAGUAUCUUCUCGCAGUCGCAAUUUUUACCUUUACUGAGGAGAAGGCACAGGAGCUCAUCACACAAAUGAAUAAAUUAGAGGCCGAAUCUGAAAGCCUGGGCAAAGCAACUGCAGAAAUUCUUUGGCUGGGAGAACUUGAUGCCCUUGAAAAGGAACUGGACGUGCUUGAUGGAAAUUCUGAAGUUUUAGAGGAGGAAACAACCCGUAGGCCGGGAAAAAACUCCAAAGGCGAGAAGGCUUAUAAUCCUGACUUGUCUCGAGAACAUAGUGGAUGUCCUGCUGCCGAGAAGCCAAAGACUGCCAUCAGGAAGAGGGCGCCUGCUCGGAGCAAAGAUAUAUUCAAGCCUACCGGCGACAGCAAUUCCAGUGCUCCUUCUCCUGAGAAGAAGGUGCGAAAGCUGAGGAUCUCCCUCUUCAACAAAAAGAGCGGCUCGGUUUCGCAGAGAGUCGCGAGCACUUCAACAGGAGUAGAAGAUGCCGAGGCUCCUCCCUCGGGCAGCCUUGCUCAGCCAGUUACACUGAGAAGGACGGCAAGGGAGGGGAAGGCGAAAGCAAUCUGCAUCGAUUCCGAGAGUGACGAUAGUGUCUAG